CUGUAGUUAGAUUUUUAGUAAUGCAGAGUUGGCUUGCUCUUUUAUGUGCGUCUGAGUUUAUGCGAGAUUCUUUAAUACAACAGCAUGGAGACCCUCUCUUUAAACCAACUUUCUCUAAUUUCUUAAAGUACUGCGAAGCUCUGGAUCAAAAGAAAUCCGAGGUUGAUGCUUCCAAAGAUAAAAAACACCCAGAUAACGCAUUUAAUAAUGAUCUUAAGUAUUCUGGUAAACGUAAUCAAAAGAAAGAAACAUUUCAGUCUCCAGAUAAACGUAGCACUACCUCGACUGCUAGCAGGACUUUCCAUCAAAGACCCUUGGCAAAGCGAGAACCUAAGCAAAAGCGCUCUAAAGAAAACCAGGGUAGCCCUAACGAGAUGCCCUUUCAUUUUUAUAAAGGCGUCAAAAAGAGCAAUCCUCCGAAUACAGUGAAACGUGGAAAACCAAAAUCGGAUGCUCAUCACUCUGCCAAUAUUACUCCCUCAGAUACACUAAUGCAGAAAAGUAGUGCAUAUCAGAUUCCUAAAGUAAUUUUACGAGAAAAGGAGGUAGGGCAUAGUUAUUAUUUGCAAAAAAAUAGUGCAUAUCAGACGUCAAAUGUAAGUUUACGAGAAAAUGGGGUUGGGCAAAUUCAAAAUCUUAGUGCACUUCAAAAAAUUCACUAUAUGCAGAAAAACAACACAUUUCAGAUUCCGAAUGCAAAUUUACGAGAAAAUGAGACAGGGCAAAGCCAAAGCCAAAAAACUCUUCCAAAAAGUUAUCAAAUACAAAAAAGUAGUGUAUAUCAGACUCCAAAUAUUAAUCUAGAAAAAAACGAGGUAAGGCAAACUCCAAAUCCUAAUGCACUCGUACAAGGUCAUUAUAUGCAGAGAAAUAGUGCAUUUAACACUUCAAAUAUGAAUAUACAGGAUAAUGAGGUUGGACAAACUUAUAAUUUUAGUGCACUUCCGCAAAGAUAUUAUAUUCAAAAUAACAAGGAAGUAGUUUUUAAAAAUACAGAAUUAUGUCGAGAACUGGUAUAUAAUAAUCAAAAUGCUACGCUAUCAGAUAAUUUAGUAGAGAGAUGUUCUUACUGUCAUUCUGCCUUGACAUAUUUCUGGACGAGAACUGCUACUGGUGAUCUAAUGUGUAAUGCUUGUGACACUUCUUGGAAACUUUUUAAUCGGCCUCGUUUAAUGACCUUUGUCAACGAUAUUUUUCGAAUAAACGAAAACCCGCCCAGAGCUUAUAAUCUGCCAGCUCCCCUGCGUUAUGCGCCUAGCAUGGAAGUUCCAUUACCUCCCGGUACUUCUGAGAGCUCUGCGCUUAAUUAUUAUAUCAAUAGAGGAUUUACAAGCCCAUCAACUAAGUAA